CCAGCCUUCCCUCUUCAGUCCUUUUCUGUAUCGAGAAGCGUCUCGCGCCAGAAACAUCUCUGAAUGCUGGCAGCGGAGGUAGAAAUAGCAAUGUCAGAAAGGGCGCAACAAUGCAGGUGUGCGAUAAUCAUCUCCCGGCUGCCCUUCCCGGGGAGCGUCGGACUCAGUGGACUUCCUGCGGUCUCUCGCAGCCAGGGCUGUGACCUGGGACUGUUCACCCUUGUCCGGCGAGGUAGCCCUGCGGCAGCCUGCUCACUGCUUUCUCUCCCCCUGGGCAGAGCUGUGGAGAUCUUACCCCUGCUUGUGGGGACUGGCAGCUUUUCACAAGUUCGUGCCUCCAGAAGCCUUCCUGCUUUUGCUUGAAAAAGUGUUACCCUCACCUCCUCAGAAAUGUUGGGUUGACUGUAGGGUACACUGCGAAGGUUUGGUUUGUCUUCUGCACCCAGGAGGUUUGCCCUGCUUUGCUUUAUUUGAUCCUUUGUCAGCUUGAAGAUGGGAGGAGUUGAUCAGGUUUUUAAUUAAUCUUGCUCUUUAGUUGAUUCUUUUUGAACAGCCUUACAUCUUAACAGCACUUUGCUCUUAAAGAACUAUUUGUAAUGUUGAUAAGUUGUUUCUCCUGGGGGAGAUCUACAUUUUUUACAGUGAAACCAUAUGUGUAGUAUUGCUGUGGUGGGGAAAUGGUAGCAAUUGAGUGGGUUUCCUAAUCUUUGUUUAAGAUAAGUGGCUGUCCUAUUAAUUGUGACACUAAGAUCCCAAGAUAGUUCAUGUUGUAUGGAAAAAAUACUGGCAACAAAAUAUUUUCCUAAAAAGAAUUAAACAGUCUGACUAACUGUUGAGAUAGUUCUGGUGUAUAAGUUUGGUUGUCUAAUUUUGUUUUCAUACACAAUAUUUUCAGGUGGUGGUACUGUUUUUUACAAGUACACAUAGGCAGCAUGUCCAGAAACUUUGUGUGGGUAUUUUAGAAGAUUUUGUCGAGUUAUCUUUGGCUACCUAAUCUCUGUCAUUAGAAUAGAUACCUACCUUAAACCUCUAGCAUCUGUUUUGCCACACACCUGUUUGAGAACUCCCUUUAAUCAGAUAAAGGGCAUUAAGGGUGUUUGGUUAUUAAUUUCUUGUAAAGUAGUCAUUUGAAAGAAGAGAUUUGAAAGAAGAGUCACCCCCCUUUGAAAGGAUAGUGCUUUUUUAGUGUUUUCAUAGUUUUCUGAUCUGUUACUUCUAGUUUAAAACGUAUUAGAAAAGGGAGACAUAAGAUCUGAAUUGAUUAUCAAAUGGUUAUUCCUAAGCAGGAUGAGAGUGCAGUUGCUGAAAGUGUUGUGGUGAAAAUGCACUUCCUUUCCUGUUCCUGUGAAAAGUGUGACUGAUCAUUUGGUUAAACAGUAAAAUAGUAAUUCUAUGGCAUCCUUGUUUAAAUUUUUUCCUUUUUUUUUUUUCUUGGUGGUUGACACUUUAAAGUGAGCCAGUCAUCCAAAGUAUGGGAGUUUGAAUAAUGGCUGUUACUGAGUGUUUCAGGGUGUGUUUUUUUUUUCCCCUGCAGUUUGUAAGUCCCUGUGAAAGGCUUGAGUUCAGUACACAAACUUUGAAUCUCCAUUGGAAAAACAGUGUUUCUGUAGAGGAUGGUAAGACGAUCCAUAUGCUGUGUUUUGUGACAAUGUGUGCAACGUUGAAAGCAUAAACGUUGCUGCUAGCUGUUACUGGUUCUCACCAUGUGGCUGUGAAUAGUGGUACUUGGGAGUAAGAUCCCAUUGUGACUGAGAACCAACAACUGUAUUUCUCUUCCGAGGAUAAUAACUACUGUGUUUUAACCAUUUAUAAAACUAAAGUGAAAAGGUUUUGGCUGAUUUUUGUCACCACUCCGUUUCCACCCACCUGCAAACCAUCAUCUCUUUUUUUUGGAAGACUAGGCAGCCAAAUGUUUGCUCUCCAAUUCACUUUUUAAAGAAUUUUUUAUUUUUACAGUUUUAUUUCACUUUUUUUUUUUCUUAAUAAAACCCAGUUUGUAGUACCUUGUAGUCUGAUUUAGCUGUGUCUCAGUGUAACUAAGUUGUUAAUGGAAGAGAUUUUGAUUAACUUGCUUGGUUAAUCCAGUAUAUUUUUAUCCAAGCAGUCAGACAUAGGAAUUUUAUGACAAUAUGUGAAAAAAGGCAGUUUCUUCCAGAAUGUCACUGGGAAAUUGGAGAGGAACCUGUAAAAGAUGGGAAUAGCACCAUUAGAUAGCACCAUGUGGGGAGCCCUUAAUGAGAGGAGGUUUCCCCAUCCUGGCCUGAUCUGGUCGGGAUGGGAUUGUGUGUCCUCUGUGCUGUGCAUUAGCCCCAUUAGCCCGCAGGUCAUUGUUGUUUCGGGUUUUUUUUCUUCCCCCCCCCCCCCCCCUCUGGUUAUGGCCCUGCCUUUCCAAAGGACUUUUUCUAAGGCUUUGUCCUUCUUUAGAGUUCCAAGUACUCAGAUCUCCAAGAAGGUGUCUUCACUUUUCAAUGGCCACUUCAGCUGCACUUGGUCUUUAGAUGCUGCCCUGGCUUACGGUGGCCUUGUGCCACGGCCCAAGGGAAAUGGGAAAUGGGGACGCAGCACUACACGAAGGGUUCAGAUGCAGCUGAGGGUCUGGGUGCAAUGCCAAUUUAUUGAGAGAACACAGGGACUUAAGUAGGGUGAGUCUGAGGGGAGGAUUCAGAACUGGGGAGGAGCAUGGGACUGACAACUCAGGGUAAGAUGGGAUUGGGAGACAGGGGAAACGUGGGUGUAACUUCUGGGUAUCCAGGGGAAGGGACCAAUGGUAGCUCACUCUGCACUGCGGCAAACCUCAACCAAUCAGUGACAGAGGAGCGGGAAAGCAGGGGAGAACAAGGUGGUAAACAACUUUUGGCGGGAAGGUCUGAGGGAUAGAGGGGAAUAAUAUGGGGGUACAUUAAACUUGACACAAAACCAAACAGUAAACUGGGGUAUAACAGACAGUCCAGUCAAUUAAUAGUCCAUUUAAGCUCUGUAGAUGUCCCUCCAUGCUUGGAAUCUUUCCCAAUCAGACUUCUCUUUCUCCUCAUCUUUGUACCAUGAAAUGACUGGGUGGUGGAGGAGGAGAUUGGUAGGCAGGUCCGCUGGUAAGGGAUAAGGGACCCCUUUUGCUUCCCUGCUCGCUGUGUGCCUAUUGAAUUUUUCAUCUUUUCCAGUUGUUGCUUGGCAGGUCUUACAGAAGUACACAGAGCUGGACCCUGUAGCAGAGACUUGGCUUUUCGUCUUGGAGCCUGAAAUGCACCAUUUUGCUCUGUCUUUACUUCUAAAGCCUUAGUCUUGAGACUUGUUCAGCGAGGUUGUUACUUAUCUGUAGUGGAAGACUGCUCAAUAUCAGCUAUCGUACUUCAGCUGAGUCCGGUAAACGAAGGAGUUGCACAGACUGAUAGUGUAUUAGUGUGGGAAGUAAAAGUAUGCUAAGUGUUAAUUUGCUUGAAUAUCUUAGAGUCUAAAAUAUCUCCCUCUUGAUGAAGCAUCACUAUGUUGGCAAAGCAGGAUGAAAUCUGCUGUUCAGCAGUCAGGAAUUUUAUGCAUGUACUCAUCUGUUGUGGACAUUGGUGAAAGAUGGAUUCCUUCAUGUUCAGUAAAAUUACUUUUUUACCCAUAAAAUCAGAAACUUAUUUUAAUUUCAACUGAAAUAACUGUGCCACACCAGACGUUUCCUGGAAAACAGCAUGUGCAAACGCAUUUUCAUGUAAAUGUACUUACUGAGCUGAUUUGCUUAUCUCUUCUCCAAAAUACAUGGGUGCAGGUAUCCAUGACAGAAAGUUAAACAGUUUUUAUUUUAAGCUGAUGAUAGAAGGAAUAUCAGUAUUGCAACUGAGGUGAAGUUUUGGGUCUGCUAUUCAAAUGGAAGAUCCUUCUGUGUGUUUCAUCUCUUUUCUCUUCCUUUUGCCUUUCCUUCUGUUCAGUAUGAAAAUGUAUUUCUAAUUAGCAUAAAUUAUUUAAAGACAAACAACACUGGAUUUUCUAGAAAGAGCAAAGUCAAAAAUGCUUAAGUGAAAUCAGCACUUUCUUGCCUGUUUGUUUUUAAUAGCUGAAAGCAGCAGAAAAGGUGCUGAUGCUGCCAGAAUUGUGUACUCUCUAGGUGUAUUGGCAUUUCUUUAACGUAGUUUAGUGCCUGUGCCUUAAGCUGCAUGGUGAACAAAUCAUUCUUUCUUUGAACAGUAUAGUUGCUUUACCUCUGAAAAUUUUUGAGGUAAACAACUAGUCCCAUAUUUAUCCAGUAGAUAAAUUCCAGUGCAUGUUGUUACUGCUGAUAAUGUGGACACUUUCUCUAUUUCUGUCAGCAGUAAGGAAUAUACCAAUUAUGUUAUUCAAGGAAUAUUUGGAAUGGUGCAUUAUGUCUUGCAGUGCUGUGUUUAGUAAUUUUUCUGUGUUCUCAAAUAUACCAACUAAUACUCUUACAGCAAAGAACAGGAUACAAAGAAACAAAGAACAGAACAAAGAAAAUGAUUUCAUGACAGGUUCUGAUACACCUUUUUUGAAAUUAGUAUUUUAUUCUGGUUAUGCAGAGGCAAAUCAGUUCUCUUGUUCUUAGCUAAUGUGAUGGUGCUGAUCAUCCUCUUUGUCCAUCUCUCUUUCUGCUCUGGAGAUCUAUGGUUCUUGGUUUUCAGAGAUCCCGUGUAAGGCAAGAUGGCUUUGUACUUCUCAGGCGCUCAUCUUAGGAAGGCACAGCAGGAGAAUAGUCCAUGCAAGAUGUAUGUGUUUCUGCAGUUUUUGACUUUCUGUUGAAAACUUGUGCAUAUCUCUGCGUGUUUGUUUUACUCUGCUGCAUCUGUAUUUUUUUCUUUACAAAAAAAACCCCACAUAGUUCUUUUGCAUGCCUUUGCUUUUUAGUGUUGACCUUACCUCAUCUCUGUGUGGCGCUGUGGGUGUCCACUGGAGCUGUGCUGCAUGUGUCUGUUACCUCCUUGGCUGAGCUUUCCUUAGGCAAGAAACUCAAGUCUGGGGUGUCAGACCUUUGCAACUGUGCAUACUUUUUUUGGAUUGUUUUGUGGGGUGUUUGUGUGAUUGUGUAUGUGUAUACAAAGACAACAUUCUCAGGAAGCUGCGUUUUACUCUUAGAACUCUUUGUAUUCUCCAUCCCCAAAUACAAAUUCACAGACUUUUAAAAUGAACACACAGAUUUGGAACUCUUUUGAGUCUGGCAGUAUUGUGCACUUCGUGCCGAGAAAAGAAGAGAAAAUAGAUUAUAUCUUGAAUGCAAGAGGCAAUCUUGCAGGGUAUGCAUGUGCACACUUAGGUAUAUGUGAGCUGUUGAAGGACUUAAAUGCUGGAAAUACAGUAAAAUCAGCAUUUCUGUUACCUGCUAACUCCUGUCAUCACAUUCUUCCCCUGUGUUUACAGUGCAUGUCCACAUGUAAAUCCUUUGAGAGUUGCUACCAUUUAAUAACUUUUAAUUGAAACCUGUGCAUUGCAUCUGUAGGGAAGAAGUUGGUUUGCUUAAGAGCAUUGCCUUGAGAGACUGUACAAUAUGUUAGUAAUAGAUGUACCCAUUUUAUAUUUAACUACUGUCUUGUGAUGCAUCUGUAUUUGCCGUCUGUCUGAUCUUCUGUGCUCAUUUUUGCUGGCUUUUGUCUGCAGGAAUGCAGAAAGAAAAAAAGUUAAUCUCAGUUUACAAGGGAGCAAUCUACUAGAAGCUGUGACUGAGUUUCCCGGUGGAGUUUUAGGAUUCAUUGAUCUAGGUUUCCACACUGUUGUGGUUCUUUGGAUUUGUUUUUUUUUUUCUUGGAAAUGGUAGGUCUAGGAAGCAGCUGCCGAGGGAUGAAGUCUUCGCCGCUCCUCAUGGCUGCACUUGUGGCGUGCAUCAUUGUUUUGGGUUUCAAUUACUGGAUUGCGAGUUCUCGCAGCAUGGAUCUGCAGGGUCGAGUCAUGGAUCUGGAAGGCAAAGUCCGGAAGGCGGCAGCGGAGAGGGGUGCUGUGGAGCUCAAAAAGAAUGAAUUCCAAGGGGAGCUGGAGAAGCAGCGACAGCAGAUUUACAAAAUCCAGUCCUUGCACAGCUUUCAGAUGGAAAAUGCCGACAGAGCCCAUCAGGAAGAGAAGGCAAUACUGCUGAGAAACAUCACAGUAAAUGAUCGACUGAUUCAGAAUCUACGAGAACACUUGAAAGAGUUACAGACAGAAUAUGGAAAGUUGCAGUUGGAUGUUUAUUGGUUUCAGAAGAACCAGACUAACCUUCAGAGGAAGUUCUCAUAUGACCUGUCACAGUGCAUCAACCAGAUGAAAGAAUUAAAAGAACAAUGUGAAGAAAGGAUAGAUGAACUUACAAAAAAGGAUGUACCACAAAUCAAAGAAAACAAAGAAUUCUCAGAAGAUUCAAAAAAAUAUAGCCAGGUCAAUAUUCAACUGCCAGCCUUGAAGCAAACUGAGUUCAAGCACAUUGACUUGGAACAGCAGAAACCCACUGAAGAUGUACCUAAAGCAGUACCUACACUAAGACAGACAGACUUGAUGAAGGCUAAAGAAAGAAUAGAUGGCCCAGCUGACAUCAGAAAACAGGAGCCUAAGGCAGAAGAGGAGCAGCUUUUUAGUCAGUUGAAAAAACCACAAGAUCCCCUCAAGGCUGCUGCAGGUCACAAGGAGAUGCUACCUGAAUCAGAGAAGGAGCCAAAUCCAUCUGGAAAUGAAAAACACAUAGCUGGGCAAGAUGUGUCACAGCCAGCACCAGAGCAGACUGCCAGUGAGGAAGUUGAGAGGGAACAGCUCCUAAACUACGAUGCUAAGCAGGACGACUUGUCCCUGGGAAAGGCUGAAAAACAGGAACAUGAAGCAAUGAACCAGGACAAGGAUGUUGAUUACAAUUUAGAUGAGAAUGAAGCUGAAUCAGAAACAGACAAGCAAGCAGCACUUGCAGGGAUUGAAAAUGGUAAAAAAGGAAAAAAAAAAACAUUUAAAGCCAAAUACCAUGUGCUGAAAAUUUUAAGAUGGUAUUUUGCAUGGUAUUCUGUAGUAAGAUAUACCGAGUUAAUUUCUGUUUUCUCUUUGAGCUUUCCCUCAUGUUGAUAGUGUGAUUUAUUUUCUGUAUAGCAUCACUGAAGCUACUCUUUAAUGGGGGGCAUGAGGGUGUGGUAUCUGUAACUUUACUAUACAGUAUUUAAUAGUCUUUACAAAAUUUCUCCUGUAGUUUUUCUACAUAGAAGAACUUUUUUUAUGAAAAACUAUCACUUCUGCCUGUUUAAGAGAUUUCUUUACCUUUUUUAUCCUCAUUAGUUCAAAACCCUGAAGAUAUGAAGAACCACUUAACUGACCACGGUGAAGGAGGACAGUUGUGAACAAAGGAGGUUCAUGAUGCAACUUAGUCACCUCUUCGUCUAUAUGCAGCAAUGAUGGGAGCAAAGUAAUCUGAGAAUGUUUUGAGGCUUGAAUAACGGCCCAAAUGAAGUAGUAUCUUCCUGUGAAGUUUUGGUACUGUUUCAGUGGGGAAAAAAGCAAUCUGAAAUCUCUGGAGGCUUGUUAAAGCAGUUGACGUCUGCACUGACUCUCUCCUUCCUACUGAUUAUAAAACUGAAAUCAGUAAGCAAUAAAUGUAGUAACUUUGAAGUUGGCUAUAGUCAUACUACAGUAAUGGUAUAUGUGGAUUGUUGGUACAUGAACAACAGUCCUCUGCCAAGGAUGGAUCUCUCCCCUGAGCAACGCACAACAGAGAAAUACCCAGCCUAGUUGUAAGAACUUAAGAGGAGCUAAGCCACCGAACAUGGGAAGGAUGAAAAACAGUCCAUGCUGCAAUCUACCCUUGUGCCUAUUCUGGCACUUUUUUACUGCAACAUAAAUAUACGCAGAAAACAGAAUGAUAUAUUUCACCUGGGCCUUCUGAACUAAGUUUUUAGUUUACACUGUCUAGGUGAGUUCUUAGCUUCAAGGUUAAAAAAAAAUAAUCAAAACAAUUCUGAUAAUAGUGCCUUCUUUUUAAGAGAUUAGACAGGAAGAUUUUUCUGAAAGCUUUGUUGGACUCUUGUUCACAAGUUCAGUAAUACAGUAUGAUUCAGUUACCACUAACUUGCAUAAGUUUAGCAUAAAAAUUCAAACUCACAAACUUUUUGUGACAGAAGCCCUCUGAAAUGGUGUGCUACCCUUUAGUCCACCCAACCACUAUCUUCCGCUAAAAUGUAGGAAGGCAAACACUUGCUUUGUAGAACAGCAAUCAUCUCAGCUGUUCAAUGUGAAUAUUCCUCUCUGCUGGACUUUUGAAGGAAGUAAACCAGACUAAGCAUUUAGAAGAUAUGGCAGUGACUCCUACAGGUGAAGCGGUAGUCGUAAAGUCCUGUGUUUAUCACAAUCUAUCAUCUUGUUAAUUUUCUGUAGUCUUGUCUUUUCUGUAACUUGUUCAAUGUAAACUAGAAACUAGUUUACUUGCACUAACCUAGAAAUAUCCUCUACUUACCACUAGGGCACCCUUUAUUGCAGUCCAACCUCCAUGUCCGUAGCCAGCUGUUUUGCAGAAUUUUUGUAUUUGUGUCUGUUCCCAAGACUGACAUCUGUGUUUAGAGCUGUCUUUGUGAGUAUGAACCAACCUCUAUUUAGACAGCAGACAGCUGUGCCUAACUUGCCAAUGAGCAAUUCCAUCUAAGAAAAUAUAAAUUUGUCUUUACUUUCCCUUUCAUUUUGUAACUAACUCCUUUUGUGAUGUGUCACUCCUCAGUGUACUACUUUACAACUCCUGAACCUUAAGAUACCUAAAUAUGCAAGUGGAAGGUUGGCUUUUUUGUGUAUGAAAAAAGUGUUAGUUCUCAUCAAGUGAAGGUCAGAGCUUAAGUCAAAUGCUGCCUAUUAACCCCAAACACAGAAACACUUUUACUAAUAGUUUUUCACCAUCUAAGUCAGACAGGUCUAGGCCACUACAGUCAACAGAGCAGGGAAAAGCAAAUGCUUGUAAGCAGAAGAGAAGAGGUAUGAACAUCUGUUCUGGUAUUGGGAAACUUGGAUCAUUGGCUUUUUUUUUUUUUUUUUUUUUGCAAAUAAUGGCAUGUUUUAACAUCAAAAUGUUUACCCAUAUUCUGGAUGAUAAAAUUAUUUACCCAUCUUCUCAGCAUUUUCAUAGGACUUUAUCUGUAAACAGUUAUGCCUCUCAGAUUAAGUUGAUCAGGAAUUUAAUAUUGAUUGCUAAAGAGCAUAUGUUCUACGAGUAUAAAAUACACAGUGAAAUGCUGUAUUCAAGUUGAAUUAACAGCUUUACCAUUAUCAAGUUAAGAAUCCCAAAGAAAAACUACUUAGAGUAAUUAGUAUAUUGCCAGAGAGUUCUUUUUUAAAACUGUUUUGGCUGUAUUUCUGUACAUCUUUGGGUUUCUCUGAGCCACCUGGACACUGUGCUCCAUAAACAAGACCAUCCUUGUACAAGGCACACUUGUAAACCUCUGAAAACCUGCAUAAAAGCAAUGUUCAAAAGCAUGAAGGACUACAAUUUUAUUUGCAAUGGCUUCAAGUGCUACAGGAAUAUAACUAGGGUGAUAUUACUUCUUUUCUGUGAUCAUCUUGGCAUUAAAUUAACACAUCCUUGAUUUUUUUUUUCUUAACUAAGCCUGAGCCUUUUUAAGUACGCAUUUUAAAAUCAAAAUAAUCUUGUCUAGUGAGUAUUUGCCUUAUUCUGUACAGUUCAUCCACUUCUAAUUUUAGUGAAAAUGGGAAAGAUGAUUGUUACUCUUUUCUUAGUUCCAUACAUGAUGGAGUUCUCCUUUACUGGCUGCUUGCUUUGGAGAAAUAUCAAAAGCUGUCCUGGAGCUACUGUCAUGUAGUUCAAGAUUUUAACGACAAGAAAAAUUUUUGUGAUGGCCAGAUGAAUUCUCAGUGCUAUUUUACAUCUACAUAUUUUAGGCUUUGUAUUCCUUUGGCAGCUACACAGAAGUAUCCAGGUAUAUUAAUCAUGAUGAUAAGCAAACAAGUAAUGUGAUAUGCAGUCUCCUUAGCAGAGAAAUUGGGAAAAUCAUGUCUUCAGGGCAGUGCUUCUGCUUAUUUCAAGAAGCUGCAAAUUGCAGGCAGAGAAGUGGGUGUUCCACUUCAGAGGUUCCUCAUUCUUUUCAAGCUCUGCCUCAGUAAUAUCAGUGCUGCUGCUCAGGAUAUGCAGCUGCAGUGAUAUUACUCUACAGUAAAAUUAGGUGAUAGAGCAAACACAGAAAAGGGUCUUGCAUGGUCAAGAAGGAAUUAAAAGCUCAGCCCUACAGAGGAAGUAAUUUUACACCAAAAUAAGAAUUGUCCUGUCCAACAAAGGAUUUGCUUAUAUAGCCUAAGUAUUGUUUGGCCUUAAGUAGGGGGUUUAUCAAAGAACAAGUCACCUUUUUGAACAUUUUUUCCCCUCUUGUAGUAGGAGGUUUCUCAACAGCUUACCUCUGUUAUUUCUGAAAGCACAGGAGGCAGAACUAUUCUAGGAAGGAAAGGGGAGGUUUGGGGCCUCUCCUGUUUUGGAUAUCUAUCUCUGUCUAUCACUACAGAACACAGUAGGAUCUAGCAGCCCCACUAGAGUCAAAGUGGGGAAAAAAGGUAAUUUAAGAACUGAGUGAUGUAACAAAGCAGCAAUCUCUGCUUUCCAAGGCAAGUAGCAUGAUUGAAACAAAGUUGCAGAGUAAAAAUACCCCUCAAUGUCUGGUGCUAUUGCUAGUGACUAUGGCAGUGUUUGCUGGGCAGAUUCUCCAGUACCAUGAGAAUAAAGACAAAGGAACAAA